UGCGGGGUUUCCGGCGGCAGGGGGCGCGUGCAGCGGGGCUGAUUCGUGCGCAGCCAUGGCGUACCGCGGGCAGGGCCAGAAGGUGCAGAAGGUGAUGGUGCAGCCCAUCAACCUGAUUUUCCGCUACCUGCAGAACCGGUCCAGGAUCCAGGUGUGGCUUUAUGAGCAGGUGAACAUGCGAAUAGAAGGAUGCAUCAUUGGUUUUGAUGAAUACAUGAACCUAGUGCUGGAUGAUGCUGAGGAGAUUCACUCCAAAACAAAGUCAAGGAAACAGCUGGGUCGGAUCAUGUUAAAAGGGGACAAUAUUACUCUUCUGCAGAGUGUUUCUAACUAGAAUUUGUCAUAAAUUGGGACAUUUGGACUUGGGUACUUGCUGUUGUAAAAAGCUGAUGGGUGGCUACUUUAUCUAUCUAAAGUUCUGCUCAAGUGUGCAGAAUCCUUUAUAGAGCUCUCUGAUUCAUAACAUUGUGAAUAAUGUUUACCUUUCCCUUUCUGGUGAUCAGCAAUUGCUGUAUUUCAUAAAUAAAACUUUGUUUUAUGAUAA